CACAUUGACACGAAUAGGAUAUCAAGCGACAGCGCUCCAUUUCCUUAUUAGGACAUUCCUUCACUUGAUAGGCUAUUGCUUUAUUUUGACUGGAUGGAUUAACAAACAGUGGUGGGUUUGUUGGUGGUUGUAGGAGUAGGAACCCUUCGUGGAUUUUGGAGCACCGCGACAUGACUGUACCUUGUAUUUUGGACAAAGUUCAAGGUUACCGCAUCAUUUUUCCCCAAAUGCAUUUGUGAUUGUUUUUGGAUAAUAGUCCCGUUAUUUAUAUUCAAUGGAAUGUGUUUCUAACCAUUGUUUGAUUUAUUUGAUCUAUUUGGGAACGGAGAACACAUUUCUAAAGAACGUCGUAGCACGGGAUAACAUGUAUUAAUGCGAUCAGCUUGUUAGUCAAGGACAUCGUGCAUCAGCUUGUUCGUCAGUGCGACGGAGGUGGAGAGGCAUUGCCGCCCAACACAGUGGAAAACGAACAGGUUGAAGACCUCCCAGAGUAGCAUUCGAGCAUUAAAAUUACAUGUAGCUUUGUUAUUCUUGUGUGCUUGAUUUCCAGACCCGUGGCCAGUGUGCGUCCAGUGAGUUUGCAAGACCUCUUGUCUGGGUGUGCGUCUUUUCGCGCUCAGCCAUUUCCCUGCGCUGCCCACUCAGUAUUGAGUUCCUGACUGGCGCUGCUACGGAGCAACCCCUCCGCCCGCCGCCUCGGUUUCACCCUGGGCACUAGCGGAUUCCUCGGUGUGAGGACAGAAGCGCAAAGUUUGACACUGAUCGCUAGUCAUCGGGCAUUCUAGAGCUGCGUCUAUUUCCUUUGUGGGACAGGAGAGGUCUGAAACCGACGAAGUCAUCCUCGUGGUGAUACACCAGGGACGGGCAGCUGGAGCCCUUGAGGGGUCAGACUGGUUUCACUCUAUCACCACCCCCCCAGCCGGCACAUCUGAGGAAAUUCAUUGAAUUUGAUCGACUACAGGUGCCCAUGUGGAUGGCAGAUUGGAAGUGGACCGAGAUGAGCCAAUGACAGAGCUCAAGGAGUCCUAACGCCGACAGACCUGAGUCCAGCCAAGUGGAGGCGACCCAUUCGGACACUUGGAUGAGAGCCCAUGCAGUAGGCUUGUGUACGACAGCAAGUGGUGGCUUCUUCUCCGCCUACCUAAGGAGCGUUGCCAUGGAGAGUCUACUCCUCUGCCUGGCCCUCCUGGGUGUGCCCACCACUGCCAUGCUGUGCCCCAAGCGCUGCACCUGCCAGAACCUCAUGCCCUCCUACACUGUCCUCUGCGCCAAGACGGGCCUGCUCUUUGUGCCGCCCAACAUUGACCGGCAGACCGCCGAGCUGCGCCUCAUGGACAACUUCAUCACCACCCUCCGCCACCGGGACUUUGCCAACAUGAGCAGCCUCAUUCAUCUAACGCUGUCACGCAACACCAUCAGCCAGAUCAAGCCUUACGCCUUCGCCGACCUGCAGGACCUACACGCCCUGCACCUGGACGCCAACCGCCUCACCGUGCUGGACGACACCCACUUCCAGGGCCUGGUCAAUCUCAGGCACCUAAUCCUGGCCAACAACCAACUGCACAGCAUCUCGGAGGGCUCCUUCCAGGACUUCUUAGAGACCCUGGAGGAUCUGGAUCUGUCCUACAACAACCUGGUGGACAUUCCCUGGGAGACCAUCGGCCUGCUGGCCAGUGUCAACACCCUCAGUCUGGACCACAACCUCAUAGAGAUGGUCCCCGAGGGCAUCUUCUCCAACCUGCACAAGCUGGCGCGCCUGGACAUGACUUCAAACAAGCUGAAGAAGAUUCCUCCAGAUCCUCUGUUCUUGAGGAUCCCAGUCUACGCCAAGCUGAAGGGGUCUCCCCUAAUGGCCCUGGUACUGAGCUUUGGUGGGAACCCGCUCCACUGUAACUGUGAGCUGGUGUGGCUGAGGAGGCUGACAAGGGAAGACGACCUGGAGACCUGCGCCUCUCCGCGGGAACUUGCCGGCAAGUACUUCUGGACGAUCCGCGAGGAGGAGUUUGUGUGCGAGCCACCCAUGAUCACACGGCACACCUCCAAGAUGUUUGUGAUGGAAGGUCAGGAGGUGAGCCUGCGCUGUAAGUCUGUUGGGGACCCAGAACCUUCUACCCACUGGGUCAGCCCUGAUGGAAAGCUCAUAGGGAACACAUCCCGCACUAUCUGCUAUGAAAACGGUUCCCUGGAUAUCCUCACGACCACUGUAAAGGACUCGGGAAAAUUCACCUGUAUUGCCUCAAAUGCUGCCGGCGAGGCCACAGCGCCCGUGGAGCUGGUAGUGAACCCUUCACCACACUUUGACCCGAAGCUGGAGCCCGAGCCCGGCCCGUCGGACAUCCCCACAUCCAUCAAGUCCAACGUCAGUGGAGGCCACGCCCGCACCGACCACCAGAGGGUCAGCGUGUCGGAUCUCAGCUCGACCUCGGCCACGAUCCGCUGGCCCCCUCAGAACCACAUCCCUGGAGUUCGUAUGUACCAGAUCCAGUACAACAGCUCCUCUGACGACAUUCUCAUAUACAGGAUGAUCCCUGCAUCUCAUAAAUUCUUCCAGCUCAGUGACCUGGCCUCCCAACGGGAUUAUGACCUGUGCGUGCUGGCUGUGUACGACGACGGCGUCACGGCCCUGACCGGCACCCGCUUGGUUGGCUGCGUGGCCUUCACCACCGAGAGGGAGUACCGCCAGUGCCGCUCCCUCCACGACCAGUUCCUGGGCGGCACCAUGAUCAUCGUAAUCGGCGGCAUCAUCGUGGCCUCUGUACUGGUCUUCAUCUUCAUCCUCCUCAUGAAGUACAAGCUGCACAGCAACCAUUACAAGCAGAAGGUGGCGCGCGUCAGCAACGUGUGCUCCCAGACCAACGGGGGUCAGGCGGCAGGCGGGGGAGGUCCCCCCGUGCCAGCGUCGUCCUCGGCCUCGGCCUCAGCCAAUAAGCCUCCUGGACCUGUGGACAGGGUGGGGCAAGAGGGACCCAAUCAGGCUUCUGAAGGGGGCUUUGGAGGACCCCUGAAAGGGACCACCGUGGUGGACUUGAACCCGGGGUACGGGAAGUCUGUGAAGGACGAGGACGCUAUAUCCCAAUAACACAGGACCUUGGCCUGUCCCCACCCCUCCCCCUUUUUAUUUCCUGGUGCCGAGGUUCCUCUGCCUUACCAAGGAUUAUCUUGUGUCCAAGGUAGGUGACUCCUGUCGGCCCAGGUUGCUCAACCAGUCCGGGGCUCACUUCUGUUCACUGACAUUUUUAAAAGAGCUCGCGUCUGUGCGGCAGACGCAGUAUUCGACCCGGUGACCACCUCCAGUCUCACUGUUCUGUUGCAUACCAAGAUCGGGCACACCUUAACGCCAAUGAAGGCCUUGAUGGUUACCAGCCAAGUCAAGUUUGCAAGCUCUGGAAUAGAUUCACACAACACUCAUGCUGGUCCAAUGAGGUGGACGGACAGAACAAAGGUACACCUCCCUGGUUCAAGAAAGUUUGAAAACAAGCUCACAAAAUUAUAUAUUUGAGGGACUGAAGCCAGGACCAUUUUUGGGACUCGAGAUAAAUCGGUGCCAGUCUGUGCUCUUAUGCAAUUCGAUUCAGAAACGGGGAUGUAAUCCGUCUCUGUGGAGUUGAAGGAAAUAAUGGAUUCUAGAACGGGUUGUUUCUUUCAGGACUGUGUUGACUUAAAACUGGAAGGCUCACACUUGUCGUGGAAUACUUUUUGGGAACUUCUCAUUUGAAUUGCCUAUUACAGAGGAUAUCCAUGGAUGGUUUUCAUGAUGUGUUUUGGGUUUUGUAAUGAAGCUCCACCCUCCUUUAAUGGUCAUAUGCCAAAGGAAUACAAUAAAAGGAGAAGCUGAUUUAGUAUUUGUUCUCCUCCCCUUAGGGCCUUGGAAGUAUUCUAACACCAAUAUGAAACUGCUGUUCAGUGAACUCUAGGGCACUUUAUAAUCUUUAUAACCCUCUCUAUUUCUCUCUCUAUCUCUCUCUCUCUCUCUCUCUCACUCUGUCUCUCAAAACUAUAUGGACAACUGAAUAGUAUAUUCAAAAAUUAUUAAAUGAAAUACAUCCAUUUUGGAUGGUGGUGGGGGGAAAAAAUAAAUAUGAAUUUGGCCAUGGAUAUCACAACCUGGCAUGGGCUCUCAAGAUGAGGUCAAAAGAAGCACCUGGAUUGGUUUGGUUUUAUUACAUGAACUUCUAGCACAAGUACUGCAUUGUGGUUUAAUGAGAUAAGUUUCAUUCUGACACAAAUGUUACAGAGAAGAAACUGACCCUGGUUUUGCCAAUUGAAAAGAUGGUCACACAAAUCAAAUACUCUUUUCCCUUCUUGUUGGUUGUGUAUGUAUUUGUAUGUGAGAUAAACCUUCACUCUUCUCUGAUUUGAUACCCAUAUUUCCUUUGAAUUAUGAAACAGUAAGAAAAAAACAUGAGACAAGAUUUUAUGCUUUCAUAGGUACAAUAUGUGGAUUUAUAAAGAAAUAAAGUAUUUUUCUUGAAGAUGUGAAGCAA